AUGCUUCAAUUGUGCGGUCCAGAUUCUGAUGGUUCUCCUGUGGGUUUUGUCCAGUUUUUCACCAUUGACGUGUUUAUUGGUAAACAACAUGGUAUUAUUGUUGUUGAUAUUCGUUCUAAUACUGCAAAUGGGAUGAGAUGGAGGAAAGAUAAAUUGAUUAUGGAUUGUGAGAGAGGAGAAAACUACAAGAAAAAGAAUGUGAUUGCAGGAAGUUAUACUAUAAAAGUGAAAUGUCCAUUUAUGCUGAGAUCUGUGUCAAGUGGAAGUGGUUGGAAGGUUACAGUUAGGUGUGAGUUUCACAAUAAUACACUUUCUAAGGACUUAGAAAGGGAUGGUGUAUUAGGUCGUUUAAAAUAUCAUGAAAGAAAGUUUGUGAAUGACAUGACCAAACAUAAUAUGACUCCCAGAUACAUAGUUGUUGCUUUGAAAGAUAGAGAUAUAGAAAAUCUAACGAGUGUUGCCCAUAUCUACAAGGCAAGAUCUGCAUACAAGACGAGCAAGAGAGGUUCGUUGACUGAAAUGCAACAUAUGUUCAGUCUUAUUCAUGAAGAUAAAUACAUAUACUGGAUAAUGGACUCUUCAAAUGUUGUUGCUCAUAUCUUUUAG